AUGCGCAUCACCGCCGUCCUGCCGACCAUCACCUUGGCCUUCGCCUUUACCCGCGCAAUUCCAACGGAGCCAAAGCCGUCGGAAAGCAUUGAAAUAAGCAAGCUCAUCGUCCGCAAGUACGUGUCCGAGUCUGGCACCGCGAUAAAUGUCGUCGACUUCAAACUUGCGGGAAAUGACGGAAUCGGCAUCGAAUGUACGGCUCGAAACCCGGCCUUUCCAACGCCAAAUGAAGUGACUACUUGCGGCAACUCCAAGUAUCGCUUCAGCCUACACUCUGGAAAUGCCGGGUCGGAAUUCAGCCUUCGAGUAUACCAUGAGCUGGGCACAGCAGUUGGAUAUUAUGGUCAGGGCAAUGUGCCUACAUACUGUCAUGCUGGCGGCGAUGGACCUGGAGACUAUGUCUGUUUUCAGAUUGCCCCUGUGGUGAUUGUUAUUGAUAGUACGUCUCCUCCUGUUCACCCAUGA